GGCAUCACAGAGGGACCCGAUUUUUCUAUACUAAGGACGCAAUACUCGCAAGAGGAUAAUAGUAAGUCAGAAAUAUGUUUUUCUAGUAAAGAGGUUAUCGUAUAUUGCCAAAAUUUUAACCGAAUGAAAGGCGCCAAAAAAGUUAAUGAAAUAUAUAGGCAGGUUGCCGCAAGUAAUUUCUCUGUCAUAUUAGGUACAGAAACGAGUUGGGACGAAAGCAUAAGUAGCGAGGAAGUUUUUGGAAGUCGAUUUAACGUUUUUAGAGAUGAUCGUGACAAAGCAGUAUCUAAUAAGAAAUCUGGCGGAUGAGUAUUAAUCGCAAUUAGUGCCAAUUACGAGUCGGAGAAAAUUUCAACCAGCAAGUGUAAAGAAUUUGUUGAAUUAUGAUUGAUUUAUUUUCCAGUGCUAUAUUUUCGAACAUUGAAUUAUCGAUUGAACUACCCCUAGCCUAACUUGAAAUCCCAUAAUUAUAUUGUACAAUGAAUUUCCGCUCUUAGGUAUAAGAUUUUUUCUAUAAAAGCUCAGCAGAGCCAGAAAACGCUCUCUUUCCACUCUCCAAAUUCGCUCGUGCUACAUCAUCAUAUCACAGUUCCCAGUUAUCUAAACCAGUGCGCAGUUUUUGCUCCGCUUUCGAGGCCGAUAUUUUACAGUGUGUAUAAAUCGCAAAAAGUUCUAAACAGUGGUGCCGAAACCCGGGAAUUCGUCUCGCCGGAUAAGUGUCGGGUCGCGUAGUGUGUGUAAAAGCAGUUUGUGACCGUGUGCUGGGACCACGUGGGAUAUCCUUUCUCGACACGGGCGGGCUCGAUUUGGGGGAGCUCCGAAGCAGCACUUCGUGACCAUCUCUCGUCACCUCAGGAAGCGUUAAUCUACUUCGGCGGCCGUUCUGGUACGGCAAUCCGCGCCCAGCAGGUCGGAAUCAACCUUGCUUAACAGAGUACUGUGUUCGGGUUCGUGAUGUCAGGAAUGUACACUACGCCUGCGAAUCAACCGCCAAUUUGCAUAGUUAGUACAGCUAACAGUCUGGACGGGAUGCUUCAGAGAUUUUGGGAGAUGGACAAUCUAGAUCACGGUAGAGCUCUGACAUUGGAUGAGCAACGGUGCGAAGACCACUUCAGAAGAACAGUGACGCGUGAACGAGAUGGGAGAUACGUAGUUCGGCUGCCUGUACGAGACGAUCGACUGCCGUAUCUAGGUGACGCACAUCAGUUAGCACAGCGUCGGUUGCUGUCUACCGAACGACGGUUUAGAACUGAUCCGAACCUUCAACAGAACUACCACCAGUUCAUGGAGGAGUAUGCAAGACUAGGACACAUGGAGCCCAGCGUCUAUACAGGUAAUCAACAAUCGUUUUUACCCCAUCAUCCCAUAUUUCGACCCGACAGCACUACCACAAAGAUUCGCAUUGUUUUUGAUGGCUCGUGUAGCGAAACUAACCAAUUAUCCUUGAACGAAGUUUUGUAUGCUGGGCCGACUGUCCAGCCCACACUGUUAUCCAUAGUUUUAAACUUUCGAAUUCCCAAAUUUGUUUUUAUAGCUGACAUUGAGAAAAUGUUUAGGCAAAUUUGGAUCCACCCUGAUGAUCGUAGAUUCCUUCAACUUUUGUGGAGGAACGAUCCCACAGAUCCUAUUUCCAAAUUUCAAUUAGCUACAGUGACAUACGGGACGUCUUGUGCCCCAUUUCAAGCUGCUCGCGUCCUAAUGCAGCUGGCGGAAGACGAAGAAUCGCGAUUCCCUAUGGGAGCGAAGAUAAUUCGCAAGAAUACAUAUGUUGAUGAUACGCUAACUGGUGGAGACGAAAUAGAGGAAGUUGUUGAAUCUACGGUCCAGCUAAGAUCGCUGUUAGCUACAGGUGGUUUUAACCUUCGUAAAUGGUGUGCGAAUGAUGAGCGAGUAUUAGCCAAAAUUCCUCAUGAGCUGAUUGAGAUGCCUAGUGAAAUUGAGAUAGAUCGGUCGUCAUCGGUGAAAACUUUAGGUUUACUCUGGAACCCUCAUAGUGACCAAUUUGCAUUUAAACUACCAGUGCUGCCUACCGCGGAUGUGAUAACAAAGCGUGUUGUUGUUUCUGAAAUGGCACAAUUGUUUGAUCCCAUGGGCCUCGUCGGCUCAGUAGUUGCGGCCGCUAAAAUUUUCGUUCAACGUUUAUGGUCGGGCCAAUACACAUGGGAUGAACAAUUGCCCGAAGAUUUGAGAUUGUGGUGGCAAGCCUACCGCGAUCAGUUACCGGUACUAAAACAACUGCAAGUGACUCGCCGCGUAAUAAGUAACAAACCUUAUUCAAUUCAUUGCUUUUGUGAUGCAUCCGAACGUGGAUAUGGAUGUUGUGUGUAUAUUGUUUCUAGUAAUCACACAAGCAACUUAUUGAUAACUAAAUCACGAGUUUCGCCUCUACGAGCACAAUCAAUUCCUCGUCUGGAAUUAUGUGCGGCUUUAUUGGGCAGUCAAUUAGUUAAUCAAAUUCUCACUACAACCGAUUUUUCUGGGUCAGUCACCUUUUGGACAGACUCUUCAGUGGUUUUACAUUGGAUUCACUCUCCUUCAUCAGUGUGGAAGGUGUUUGUUUCUAAUCGCAUUUCAGAGAUUCAAAAACUUACUGAAGGACAAACCUGGAGACAUGUCCCUUCCGAGAUGAACCCAGCCGAUCAAAUCUCACGUGGAGUUCAACCUUCUGAACUUGUAAACAACGAACUGUGGUGGCAUGGUCCUGAUUUUUUAGUGAAAUCGCCAGCCUGUUGGCCAUCGAAUCGGAAGUUUCCGAAUAUUGAUAACAUUCACAUGACUGAACGUCGUUCACUUGUUUCUCUGUUCACGACUAGCACCAUUCAUGAUAAAUGGGACAUAUUUGAAAGAUAUUCGGAGUUAUCCACCUUGCUCAAGGUUGUUGCUUGGUGUUGGAGAUUUUUUGAACACAUUUCCAAAAAGCGUUCUGGAAAAUUUAGUACUCUUACACCAGAGGAGUUAAAUCUUGCAUUAAAACGCCUGGUUCGGCUUGCACAGCAACAAUCUUUCCCUGAUGAAAUCAAAUUAUUGACUAAAGCAAAAGGUGAAGAAUGUACACAACCCGAAAUGAAUUUCAAGUCCUUGAUGAAGGGACUAAAUGUUUAUUUGGAUGAAUUCGGAUUACUCCGAAUUAGAGGACGGCUUGAAAAAUUGUCCGCUCCAUUGGAUACAAGGUGUCCUAUUCUAUUGCCGUCUGAUCACAAAAUUACUAUGUUGAUUGCUCGUUCUAUUCAUCAUCAAACUCUUCAUGCUGGCCCAACGUUAUUACUAGCCACCAUCCGUCAGCGAUUUUGGCCAUUGCAUGGGAGAAAUAUUGCUCGCAAAAUAGUUCGUGAAUGCAUACAAUGCUUCAGGUGCAAUCCUCGUGGAAAUCACCAAAUUAUGGCCCCUCUUCCUUCAGUGAGGAUCACACCUGCGAGAGUGUUUUCCAACUGUGGUUUGGACUACUGUGGCCCUUUUCUUGUUCGUCCCCUUGUUGGUAGAGGAUCUUCAGUUAAAAUUUAUGUUGCAAAUUUUGUUUGCAUGGUCUCAAAAGCUAUGCACCUAGAAAUCGUUUACGAUUUGUCAUCUCAAGCUUGCAUCAAUGCUAUGAAGCGUUUUAUUGCCAGACGUGGUAGAUUGCUGAACUUGUAUUGCGACAAUGCAACAGCCUUUGUGGGAGCAAAUCGAGAACUUAAGGAGCUCCGGGUACAAUUCCUCGGCCAAUUCAAAACCGAACAUUGGAAUAACUUUUGUUUAGAACAAGGAAUUAACUUUCAUUUUAUCCCAGCCCGCUCCCCCCAUUUCGGUGGGUUGUGGGAAGCGGGGGUAAAAUCCUUUAAACACCACUUUCGCCGUAUUUUGGGUUCGAAAUCUCUUCGUCUGGAUGAAAUGGUCACCGCAGUAACUCAAAUCGAGAGCAUACUUAACUCUAGGCCAUUGACGCCGUUAUCUAACAACGCUGAGGAUUUAAAUGCUUUAACGCCGGGACAUUUUAUAAUCGGAGAACCAAUGUUCUCAAUUCCGGAGCCAGACGUGACGGAUAUGAGCAUUAACCGCUUAAAUCGUUUCCAGGAAUUGAAACGAUCCGUCCAAGAUUUCUGGCACCGAUGGUCCCGCGAUUACGUGAGCCAGUUGCACCAACGACCCAAAUGGCAAACCGAAACUCACAACGAUCCGGUCCAAGGCGCAUUGGUCCUGCUCAAACAGGAGCACCUUCCUCCACUUCAGUGGAACUUGGGUCGCGUCGUCGAAACGUACGCAGGGAGCGAUGGGCACAUAAGGGUGGUGCUAGUGCGAACAGUUCGAGGAAUGUUCAAAAGAGCCGUGACCGAAGUCUGCACACUCCCGAUAGAUGUACUUCCAACGUCAAGCCCAAUCGAGAGCCAAAGGUCGCACGAAAGGAAGCAGCUAGGAACCGACAACGGAAGGAUACAGGUACAGAUACCGAGGACGACGCAUCGUAGGAUCAAACGCAGUUGAAACAGUAGGUUUCAACGGGGCCCUGUGUGUUGAAUUAUGAUUGAUUUAUUUUCCAGUGCUAUAUUUUCGAACAUUGAAUUAUCGAUUGAACUACCCCUAGCCUAACUUGAAAUCCCAUAAUUAUAUUGUACAAUGAAUUUCCGCUCUUAGGUAUAAGAUUUUUUCUAUAAAAGCUCAGCAGAGCCAGAAAACGCUCUCUUUCCACUCUCCAAAUUCGCUCGUGCUACAUCAUCAUAUCACAGUUCCCAGUUAUCUAAACCAGUGCGCAGUUUUUGCUCCGCUUUCGAGGCCGAUAUUUUACAGUGUGUAUAAAUCGCAAAAAGUUCUAAACAGAAUUUGAUCAUGUUUGGGUCAAAUCAUCAAUAGGGAGUCAGGUUCAUAUAUUUGCAACGGUAUAUUUUCCACCUGAAAAUGCUAAAAAAGAGUCAUACUUAAAAUUUUUCACUAUUGCUGAGCAAAUUAUUUCAAAGUUCAGUCCAGAGACAAAUAUUCACGUAUAUGGCGAUUUCAAUCAACGAUCUGUAAAUUUUGUUAUUGAUGACGAAAAUGACUCUCUAUUGAUACCAAUUGUGGGAGACAAUGAAACACUCCAAUGCCUUUUCGAAAACAGUUCAGAAAUUGGUCUCAAUCAAGUCAAUCAUAUUAGAAAUGAGAAUAAUUCCUAUUUAGAUUUACUUUUUACUAAUAUGACUGAUGAUUUUUGUGUGACAGAAUCAUUAAGCCCGUUAUGGAAAAAUGAAAAAUUUCAUACCGCAAUUGAAUUUUCCAUUUUCGUACAUAGUACCUCGGUGAGGCCUGAUGACAAUUUUUUCGAACCAAGCUUCGAUUACAAAAAUGCUAACUUUGAACUCAUUAAGAGAAAACUGAACUGUAUAGAUUGGCAGACUCUUAUUCGUGACUCAAACAUUGAUCAGGGUGUCGAUAUAUUCUAUCGUACUAUCUUCGAUAUAAUUGAACAGACUGUUCCUAAAAAGCGGAAGAAAGUGAACAUACAUAGAGUACCUGUAUGGUACAAUCAUGACAUAGUAAAUCUUAAGAAUAGAAAACAAAAGGCUCAUAAAACCUACAAACGCAAUAGGAACGAUUCAAACCUUGCGUUCUACUUGUCUAUAUGUGAUCAGUUAAACUUAGAGAUUAAAAGAGCACAUGAAAGCCAUAUCAACAAAAUUGAAAGCAAUAUCAAGUCAGACCCUAAAUCGUUUUAUGAAUACGUAAAAGACAAACAAAAAUCCAACAACUUUCCAUCAAAUAUGCAAUUAAAUGAAAAGGUAGGAAAUAAUUCAGAUGAUAUAAGUAAUUUGUUCGCCGAUUUCUUCCAGAACAUUUAUACAACUCAUGAAAAUAAUAUAAGAGAUUACGAUUAUUUCUCUUUCCUUCCAGAACCGACCAAAGACAUUGCAGUAGAUAAUAUAUCUCCUAUUGAGAUUUUACAGCGCCUUGAAACCUUAGAUCCCUCUAAGAGUGCUGGACCAGAUGGUCUACCACCACUCCUUCUGAAGUCACUUUCGAAAGAGCUAGUUAAACCACUUUUCUGGCUAUUUAACUCAUCUCUUAAGUCCAACUAUCUUCCGCAUAUUUGAAAAGAAUCUUUUUUAGUCCCAAUUUUUAAAUCAGGUAAAAAAUCUGAUAUUAAAAACUAUCGCGGAAUAGCCAUUUUAUCCUGUAUCCCUAAAUUAUUUGAAUCAAUAAUCAAUGACAAGAUAUUCUCUCAAGUCAAAUGUCUAAUAACUUGUAAUCAGCAUGGUUUUUUCAAAGGACGAUCAACGACCACUAAUAUAUUGCAAUUUGUAACAUUUUCAAUUAACGCCAUGGAUAGAGAGCAUUAUGUUGAAACACUGUACACUGAUUUCAGUAAGGCAUUCGAUAGAGUUGAUAUUGCUUUAUUACUAUUUAAAUUAGGUAGGCUUGGUUUCAAUCCUGGAUUGUUAAAGUGGAUACAAUCGUACCUAUCCGAUAGAACCCAAAGAGUGAGAUUUGAACAUAGCAUAUCCACAAAAAUAAUUGAGGUUACAUCCGGGGUACCACAAGGAUCUCAUCUUGGUCCUCUAUUGUUCAUUUUAUUUGUCAAUGAUGUAGAACGUGUCUUGAAUCGCCUCAAUGUUCUAAUAUAUGCUGAUGAUAUGAAACUGUUUCUUGAGAUAUGUAAUUCAGCAGAUCUUGAUGUAUUUCAAAAUGAAAUAGAUGUUUUCCAUAACUGGUGUCAGCAAAACUUGCUUGAAAUUAAUGUUAAAAAAUGCGUUUCUAUUUCAUUUACAAGAAAAUAUACGGUUGAACCAACAGCUAUUUACCUUAAUAAAAUACCAGUUGAACUAUGUAAGCAGGUUAGAGAUUUAGGUAUAAUUCUUGACUCUAAAUUGUGUUUUAAUGAUCACUACAACAACAUCAUAUACAAAGCAAGUAACAAGCUAGGAUUCAUAAAGAGAUUCAGUUACCAUUUCAAUGACCUUUACACAAUCAAGACAUUGUAUAUUACAUAUGUUAGACCACUUCUUGAAUAUUGUAGUAUUGUUUGGGCUCCAUAUCAUGAAACGCAUAUAAAUCGUAUAGAGUCUGUUCAAAAACAGUUUUUGCUUUUUGCGCUUCGUAAGCUUGGCUGGACGACACUACCUUUGCCCUCUUAUGAAUCGCGAUGUUUGUUAAUAAAUUUGGUUGGUCUCAAAAAAAGAAGAGAAUUUGCCAUGAUAGCCUUCAUCAACGAUGUUAUAUCACAGAAAGUCGACAGCGCAGUUAUGCUAGAAAAUCUAAAUUUUUACGCUCCCACUCGUCAACUAAGAAAUAGGAAUCUAUUUUAUAUUAAAUACCAAAGAACUGACUAUGGCAUUAAUGGGCCUAUUAAUAGAAUGAUGUCGUGCUAUAAUAGUUAUUGUGAAGCAAUUGAUAUAACAAUGAAUAGAUCGAAACUUAAACAUGUUUUCUUUUCAAGAUACACAAGGCAAUAAGACAAGUGAAAAUAGAAAUUAAAAAUUUCAUUGUUACAGACGUUAUUUAUUAUAAUUUUUACUGUAAAAUUUGGUCUACGUAUUGAUUGACGACAAAUGAAUAAAUAAAUUUUUCAGGACUUUGGGUUCUCAUCAUCCAGCA